AUGCCAGGAAGGAUGGCUCCCCUCAAGAAGCCUCCAAGCACCCCACGGUUGCCCCUGGCAUUGAACCCUCUGAAGAGCAAGGCCGUGCUGGCCGUGCUGGCCGAGCGGAACCAGGCUGUGGUGCCCGUCGGGGCGUGGGUGGAGCCGGCCUCAGCACUUAACGAGGAAAUUCCAGCCUAUACAUCAGCAUGUGUAAUUGAAGAAGAACUAAAGGAACAGCUAAGAAAAAAACAAGAAGCUUUGAAGCACUUUCAGAAACAAGUCAAACGUAGAGUAAAUCAACAUAUUAAGCUGAGAAAAAAGCAACAACUUCAGAGGUCUUAUGAAGCAGCAGAAAAAGAAGGCUGUAUAGCUAUGUGGUCUUCAGAUCCUGCUCACUUAGCUCCUAAGAGGAAAACAAGUAUUUUUCCAAACACUUUGAAUGCUGCUUUUGGAAGUUCUUGUUUACCCUCUUUCCCAGAAGAUGAAGAGAAUCAGAAUGAAUUAUUCCAACAGCAAGCCCAGGCUCUCAGUCAAACCAUGAAACAAGUACGUCAUCGCCUGGCAUCUUUUAUAAGUGAAAAUAAGACAUCCAUGUUUCCAGAUGAUAAAACGGAAAAUGUUCCCAGCCAAGAGAUAUUUGACUCUGGAGAUUCCUCAUCUAUUACAAAAGAAGAGAAAUGGAGAAGGAAUUUGCUUUGGGAAGACCCACAGGAUCUCCUUUCUGAAACCAAGGAAGAACCUUUCAACAGAGUUCAGAAAGUACAAUUCAAAAGUCCAUUAUUUGAUGUCAUGGAAGAGGGAGUACUAAAGCAGUUACACCUUCAGGAUAUUUUGCAAGAAGUCCAUGAUGACCUUCUAGAAGCCCAAAAUGAUUUACCAGAAGCCCAGAGUGAUUUUCCAGAGGUCCAGAAUGUUGAACCAGAAGCCCAGAAUGUUGAACCAGAUACCCAAGCUAUUGAGCUGGAAAUUGAGGAGCCCAAAGCUCAGGUUUUUGAGACAGAAACAGAAGGCGCUGUGUUGGAAGUUCAGAAUAUUGAACCAAAACCUGGAAGUGAUGUGCUCAAAGCUCAGGAGUUUUCACUCCGAAAGCAGGAUUUUCUACCCAAAGAUGAGAAUUUUCUACUCAAAGACCAAGUUAGUCUACUCAAAGGACGGAGUAUUCUCUUCAGAUACCCAUGUAUUCGACCCAAAGAGCAAGACCAGCAGUUUCUACCCAAAAGCCAGUUGCAAAUAGAGGUGGACCAUGGGCACCGGCGGGAGGUGCGGUCCUCAGCCAGGGAAAGGCGGCAUCGAGGGGGCGGCUGCCACUCCUCCCGCAGCAUCGGCUCCUGCCAGUACAGGUGCAUCGAGUGCAAUGAAGAAGCCAAGGAGCUGUACCGAGACUAUCACCACGGUGUGCUCAAGAUAACCAUUUGCAAAUCCUGCCAGAAACCUGUAGACAAAUAUAUCGAGUAUGAUCCUGUUAUCAUCUUAAUUAAUGCAAUUUUAUGCAAAGCCCAGGCCUACAGACAUAUUCUUUUCAAUACUAAAAUAAAUAUCCAUGGAAAACUGUGCAUCUUUUGUUUGCUCUGUGAGGCAUACCUGAAGUGGUGGCAGCUUCAGGACUCGAACCAGAACAUUGACCCUGAUGACUUGAUCAGAUACGCUAAGGAAUGGGAGUUCUACAGAAUGUUCGCAAUUGCUUCUUUAGAACAAACCACCUUUUUUAUUGCCAUUUUUACCUUUUUGUGGGUUGAACAACCAAUGACAGCGGAGAAAAAGCCCAACUUCCUUUUACUGCUGAAAGCAUUAUUACUGUCUAGCUAUGGAAAAUUCCUGCUGAUUCCAGCUGUCAUUUGGGAACAUGACUACACACCACUGUGCCUCAGACUCAUCAAAGUGUUUGUCCUUACAUCAAACUUUCAGGCCAUUAGAGUGACCCUGAACACAAGCCGGAAGCUGUCCUUGUUGACCAUCCUGAGCGGAUUACUUCUGGAGAGUGCCAUGGUUUACCUCUUCCAGAGGAUGGAGUGGGACAAAGCAAAUUUGAAACUACUGCCAUCAAUUUUGAUAGGUAGUGGGGAGAGAGGUGUGCCUUCUCUGGAUGCUCAUCAAGAUUUCCUCCACAGAGAUCAAGAUCAGGCCUCCUUCAGGUACAAGAAAGUACGCUUCAAAGAAUCCUAUCAUGAUAUGAUAGAUGGGAGUGACAAUGAAGAAGCAUCUUCUUUGCCGAACUGUCCGUACCUGCCUCCUGAAUGCUGUGACCAAGUCUUUCUCAGAGAUCAGAAACCCUCAUCUUUUCUGAGAGAGAAGAGAGUGCAACAAGAAUUGCCUCAGGACAGUCAUCAAUAUGUUACUUCUAAAAUACAGGACCAAGCCUUCCCUAGAGAACAGACAAAGCAUAUAAUAAUGAAAUAUGCAGAGUACUGGAAAUUAGCAAAAAACAAGGCCCCAGGAAUUGAGUUGGCUUUUGAUGCAUAUCCAUCAGGAUUUAACACCACAUUCCAAGCUCCAUUGAUACUUCAGUCUGGAGUAGAUCAAGAAGAAGAAAAGAAAGUGCGUCAAAAGCAGUACCUGAGAUAUAAACGACUUUUCAUGGAUAUUGAGCGAGAACAAGUAAAGGAACAACAAAGGCAAAAAGAACACAAGAAGAAAAUCGAAAAAAUUAAGAAGAAGAAAGAGCUGGAACGUUAUGCUGAAGAACAGAGGAUCCAAAGAAUGACUGAUCCUGAUGAACUGUAUUCAGGGGAUAAGAUGAGCGAGAUCUUAGCCCAGCUACAACUGGAAGAAAUAAAAGGAGAAAGAGAACAACGGAAACAGAGAGAAAAGGAAAACAGAAGGUAUGUAGAAGCUUUAAGGGCCCAGAUCCAAGAGAAAAUGCUCCUCUGUAACAUUCGUUUACCUCCACUGUGCUGUUGUGGUCCUGAGUUUUGGGAUGCUCAUCCUGAUACCUGUGCCAACAAUUGUAUUUUCUACAAAAACCACAGAGCAUAUUCUCGGGCACUUCAUUCAGUGUUGAGUUCCUGUGAUAUUCCUGAAGGAAACUCGGCUCUUCGAAUUGCCCUUCAUAAUUUUGCUUCUGAGAACCAAAGAGUGUUGAAAAAUUUGAAACAGUAG